UCAGACCACUCCCUCUCUCGCUGUGAGAGGAAGCUCAGUCAGACCGUCAGACGUUUCUUUUUAGUGACUAUGUGCACUACGAAGAAUGGCGGAGGCGAACGCGCUUGAAGAACUGCAGUCGGAGCUCACUUGCCCAGUGUGUUUGGAGCUCUUCCGUGACCCCGUGAUCCUCGAGUGCGGACACCACUUCUGCCAGGUGUGCAUCAUCCAGUGCUGGGAGGCCAAGUCAGACGAGUUGUCGAGUUGCCCAAAGUGUAGAAAGUCGUGCGCGCGUAAACUGCGCCCGAACUCUCUGCUGUGCAACGUCGUGGACAGUGUCCGCAGAGCCGGGACCAUGGACUCACCCGCGGGCAUGCUUGGAUGGGAUCCGGGUUGUCAUGACCUAGAGGAGCCGGAGGAGCGGGAGCCCGGGUCCAGUAUGAGUAGCUUGGCCUCGUCCACUGGGCACUGGCCGCGCCUGGGAAUGGAUAUGUGUGAGGAGCAUGAGGAGAAGCUCAAGCUGUACUGCGAGGACGACCAGCUGCCCAUCUGCCUGGUGUGCGGGAUGUCCCGGGAUCACAAGACCCACAAUGUCAUCCCCAUUACAGAGGCCUUUGAAAACUAUAAGGAUAAGCUGUCUGUCGCUCUGCAGAGGGUUCAGCUACAGUCAGAGGAGGCCUCGAUCUUCCAAACACAGACCAAUGACAAGAUCCAUCUCAUCAAGGAGCGAGCAGGAGAUCUGGAGGAGAUGGUCACUGCUGAGUUUGGCCUUCUGAGGGAGUUUCUCCUUGAAGAGGAGGAGCGCAUCAAAGAGAAACUGAAGAAGCAGAAAGAGGAGAAGCUCAACCAGCUGGAGGAGGCGCUUACGAAGACCACGGAGCAAAUCAGCCAGCUGGAGAAUAAAGCAGACCUGCUCUGCAUGAAACAGAGAGAAGAAGAAAACCCAGAGCAGCUCAAGGGGAUCAAAGAUUUCAUUGGAGGUGUGGAGAGCCUGUUUGAGCCUCCUCCAGAGGUGUGUGUUAACCUACAGACUGGAGAGUUUCUGGGACCUCUGCAGUACAGGACCUGGAGGAAAAUGAGCAACCUUUUUCAGCCAGCUAUCACAGCAGUGACCCUUGACCCCAACACAGCCUACCCCCGCCUGAUGGUUUCACCGUGUCACACCAGAGUCCAGGUGGGAAGAAUUCAGCCCAACCUGCCCAACAACCCAGAGCGCUUUACCCGCUACAACAUCGUCCUGGGCUCUGAAGCCUUCUCAUCAGGCAGACACUACUGGGAAGUGGAAGUGGGCCACAAGACAGCGUGGGGUCUGGGUGUAGCCACAGCCUCCGUCAACAGGAAGGAGGAGAUCAGCCUGUGUCCAGAUGACGGUUUUUGGACCCUGGUGCUGAGGGACAAUGGCGAUGGCACCAGUGAGUACGAAGCAUGCACCGACUCAGAGGAAGGGUUGAUUCAUCCCUCCAAACCCCCCAGGAGGGUGGGGGUCUUUCUAGACUACAGUCGAGGUGAAGUGUCGUUUUAUGAUGCAGGAGACAUGAGCCACCUCUUCACCUUCUGUGAUGCAAAGUUUAAAGAGCCUGUUUUCCCGUAUUUCAAUCCCUGGCCGAUCAUUAACGGAAACAACCGCGAGCCGCUCGCCAUAGUAACGCCACACUGGGGAUAGACCGGCUUUUUAUGAGACGAGCUUGCAUCAGCAGAUUUAACAAUGAAACUGCAGAAGAAGAUUCAGCAGCUAAUGAACUUCAAAUGAACUCAUGUAAUGAGCAUUCACACAUUUCCCUCAUCGUAGAGACGCUGUAUUACUGAUGGUGUGGUGAUGAACUCACAGGUUACAAAUGGGAGAAUAUUUUAAGACAGUGAUCAAGACAACGACAUAAAAAAGGACACUCUAAAAGACAUGGCUGUCAUGAUUUGUACUUUUAAAAAUUUGAUCAACAAAUAUAAGAAAAAUUAAACCAACAUUUGAUCUUAGGUAUAGUCUGUACAAAUGUCUGAUAUAUGUUUUUUCUCUGUGCCAUAGAAUUCAAUUUAUUGCAAAAAUAAUAUCAAUUAGCAACACUGUGACACUGAAUCAUGUUUCCUUAUUAGAAUGAAGAUUGACACUUUAGUAUAUUUAGAAUGACACUUCCAAUAAAACUACUCUAGUGGACCAAAUGUGUAUGAAUUCAAACCUGAUAAUAGCCCUAAAUAGGUCUAGUAUUCUGUCUAGAGUAACUUGAGCUACAAUGUAAAGUGCCUAAAUGUUGUUUAUGUUUUUUAUUUGUUUCAUAAAAAAAAAAAAUAUAUUUGCAUCUUAGGCAGCAAUGAAUGUGCUCGGGGCUACGAGUGAAAUGAGGAUUCAGAGAUGGACUGACUCAUUGAUGGUUUAGGUCUCUUCAGCUUUAUCAUUACAGAUCCUUUCUCUGCUUGAGCUUACUUUUAUUCCUUUUACCCAUUCCUAUUUGUCUGCCAUUUUUACAUUGGUCUGUGUUUUACUGUGGUUUUAUUAUGCUUGAUUUGUACAGUACUUUGGUCAACUGUUGUUGUUUUUAAAUGUGCUUUAUACAUUUGGAUUGGGUGAUUCUCAAAGCAGGAGAGAAGAAGAGAAGAAGCAAUGCUUGAUUAAAAAAUGCCUUAAGUUGUGGGCAACAAUUGUGUUAGUAAAAUGAUGCAACAUGUGAGUUGCUGAGUGACCCUGAAUGUGAACAUUACUUUUGUUUUCAAAGGGAACUCAUAUUGAAAAAAGCUAAAAUCUUUUAAAGAAAUCCACUUUUAUUUUCUUUUUUUCUAACUGUUUUGUAACCAACCAUUAUUCUAAUGACAUGAUCAUCUUCAUCAGAAAGUGAAGAAGUUAAUUGACAAGACUGUACAUUUCAAUAUCCCACUGCAACCACCAUUGCCCAGUACAGCUGAAAAUGUAAUUAGAAAAUACUUGAAGAAUACUAAAUGAAUAUGUUCUAAAGGUACGACCAGAGAAAUCACUGUCUAGAUCUAUAUGACUUUCCUGAAUAAAUAGCCUACUGAG